UUUAUUAGCAUUGUUAAAAAAAUCAGUGUGUAUGAAGCAGCAGUCGACAAAGCUAGGAAGCUGAAAAAAGAUGGCAGCCUCAUGGUUUUGAGUGUCAAAUUCUUCAUCCCCACUGCUUUUCCCCACCAGUUUCAAAACAAAAUCCCAAAUACCAACUCUCUCUCUCUCUCUCCUCUCUAUCAUUAACUCAGACAAACUCUCAUCCUCGUGAUCACAUUUGCGCAGCAUCUCAAAAAGGGCUCCCACCAUUCCCCCCACCAACUGUUCGACGAUUUGAUCUCCAAUUCCGCUUAAAGACUCGAUUUUUACUUCAAAUUUCAACUCAAACUCAGUCCAAUCUCCGCUUCAGUUCAGAUGCGGUGAAACAAAAUCCACAAUGUCCUGGAUCCAAUCAGCUUUUGGGACCAAAAUCAGCCCAAUAAUCCUCUUCAUAAUCGUACUCCUCGCCGUGAUUUUCUUCAUCGCCGCCGUCCUCCACCUCCUCAUCCGCUUCCUCGUCAAGCAGAGAUCCCCGCAGGCCCCCGAGAUUCCGGGCUCCGGCGCUUUCCAGAGGCAGCUGCAGCAGCUUUUCCACCUCCACGAUUCCGGCUUGGAUCAGUUCCAAAUCGACGCCCUCCCAGUCUUCUUGUACAAGGAGAUAAUGGGAUUGAAGGAGCCCUUCGAUUGUGCCGUAUGCUUAUGCGAAUUUUCCGAAUUGGAUAAACUGAGAUUGCUUCCUCUCUGCAGCCAUGCCUUCCACAUUGACUGCAUUGAUACAUGGCUGCUGUCUAAUUCCUCAUGCCCCCUCUGCAGGGGUGUGAUCUUGAGCCCCGGGUUCUCGUUUGAGAACCCGGUGUUCGUGUUUGAUGAUUCGAAGGAGGUGGAGGAUGUGAAGGGGGGUGGGGAUGAGAGUAGCUCUGCUUUGAGUGGUAGGAGGGUUUUUUCAGUAAGGCUUGGGAAAUUGAGGUGUAGUAAUGGUAAUGGAGCUGUGGUGCAAGAGAAUCAAAAUCAUGAAUUGGGGGAAACCAGCUGCAGCAAUCUUGAUGGGAGGAGGUGUUAUUCAAUGGGAUCAUUUCAGUAUGUGGUGGCUGAUUCAGAGCUGCAGGUUGCUUUCUGCCCUAGUGGGGGAGAGAGAGGGAGACAGCUUGAUUGGAACGUUGGUGAUGUGAUGAGAGCAGGGAGGGGGAGAGGGAGAGAGGGACAGAAUUGGAAUUUUGCAGGGGAAGGAGAUGGUGAGGAUGGGAAGAAGAUUAACAGUAGGGUUAAAGGUGAGAGCUUUUCCGUUUCCAAGAUUUGGCUGUGGUCCAAAAAAGGUAAAUUCCCUAAUUCACAUUAUUCCAAUGAUGUUAAUGCAAUUUUACCAUGAAAGAAAAGGAUUUUUAUUUGAUUUUGCGGGAGGUAAUUAGUUAAUACUAAUGUAGAUAGAGUAUGAGAAGUGUGUUGUGGCUUUCUGUAAUUUGUGAUUAGUAUGUCAGAUUCAGAGCAUUCUUGUUUAGGUGUUUGCCUUUUGUUUUUGUUUUUGGUUUCUUUUUAAUGCAAUUUAAGGUUGAAUAAUGCUUGUUUUCCACAUCAUACAUUGUCUUUUGUAGCUCACUUCUCCUUUCUUUGGAUGACUAUCCAUUUCUAAGUUGAUUGUGUGAGUGUGACCAUAAGAUGAAAUUACUAGUUUAUCCUCGGCCACAAAUCGAUAUAUAGUGAAGAUUAGUACCAAGAUAGAUGUCUGAAUUAGUGAAGUGAUUGUGGUACAUAGACAUUAGCUACUUGGAAAUUUCUUGUUAGAAAUGAAACUUUGGCACAUUAGUGUUUUGCCAAAUUGUGAUAUGGGAUAGGAUUGAUAGUGGUGGGAUCAAUAAAAGGUGUAGGAAAGCACUCUAGUGAUGAUUAGAAACCUUGAUUGGAAAAGUUGACUUAAGGGACUCAAACAUGAUGGGGUCUCCCUAUUUUUUUUCUCGCUCUCCUUAUCAGAUUUAAUUUUGCAGCCCAUGUUCUUGGCUCUUGUCUAGCACUGAAACUGACUGGUGGGAUUAAGUUUUUUAUUGAUGUAAAUAGAUAUUUUAGUGAGAAAUCUUGAUGUUAGUUGCGGUA